ACUUCCAUUGUGCCUAAAGUUCCAGUUCAUCUACUUUUUAACGCAGGAACUCCAAACACUCUUCCUCUUUAACAAGAGUCACGCAUCACGAACUAACAACGUCACCGUGCUCCCUCACGACUAUGGAAUUAAAGUCUAAAAUAAACAAAACGCUCCUGGAUCAACGCUGUGCAGAAACGAGUUGGUUGGUAUUCUAAGAACGCCCUGCAGAUGUGAAUGUCGGGAGGUUUCAGUGACCACGUCAGCCACACAGAGCAAUACGAGCAUCCUCAGCCGAGCGGGGCGCGCCAUGCUCUGCGGCGCAUCGGCGCAGCUCCACCUCGGGACAAGGACCGCAUAACCGGCCAUAAGGUGGAGUGAAGGUUAUUGAUGUCAUCGCCAGCCGCCAUGGAGCUUCACCUGUUCGCCACGGCCUGUCUCCUCUUUGGCAGGAUGACGAUGACGCAUCAAACUCACAUGAACUCUGUGACUACGUUUCUGUUCGCUCCUCGCGGGCCCCAGAUGUUUCCGUGUCUAACAUACCUGGAGCAUAACGUCAGGGUGGACUGUGAGUUUCCACCCACCUACCAGGUCCCGGGCCCCUACUGCGAGUAUCGUCAGGACAGCCGCCUGGUGGGCAGCACCUACCCCAACGCCGUGGUCUAUGUGUCCACAGAGGACCGGAGGAGGAGCAACGUCAGCCUGGUCGCUCCUAAUCUGUGCCGCCUCACCUGGGCCCCGCUGGCUGAUGAGAAGCCCUUCACCUACACCUGCAGGGUUUACCAGGGCAGCAGCUGGAAGGAGAACAGCAUGGCGGUCCAUCACAGGAUUCUUCCCAUCUGCUCGGCAAUCAGUGUGUUGUUUGAAUCAACGCCGUGGUUUUUGUCUCUGGUCAUGUCACUUCCCAUGGCUGUGGGUCUGCUGAGUCCGUGAACGUUCACUUUCACAUGCGGGAUCCACUCAAACAACCUUUCUUACAUCAUUUGUGAAUCACUGUGGAUCGAUGGUUGAUGAUUUAAUUCCAUAUUAUUUUGAAAUCAACCUUUGGUUGAGCAUUAGGCUAUUCUUUAAAAAAACAUUUUCACCACUGUACCUUGAACACCAUUGUUUCACAAUGCUACCAAAAGAGGAAAGAAAUCAGAACAGUUGAGAGACGUUCUAAACGAAUACAGUAGAACAUAGUGUUAAUUAUCUAUUCAAAUGGCAAGUUUUUAAUUUGUUGGGUUGAUCAGGUCUUCCUUGUAAAUAAGAUGUACUGAGACGUAUUUGUUUAAACAAUUAAUGGCCAAACAAAUAUACAUUUUGUGUUGUUUGUAUUAUUUAUUUUUAAAGAAAAACGGAUGCUUCUUAUAGAUUUAUAUUGCAUCUUAAAUGAAUGCUCUGUAUACAAAUAGGUUUAAUUAUAUACACUGACAUUAAAACUAAAGACCCAUAAACACUAAAGGAACAUAGAGCCUUUUGAUUGGAUUUCUGAAGAUAUCUACUCAUCAAAGAGUUUCUUUCUGAUCCCCCCCUUAUUUUAAUUUGGUUUGUGUUAUUCCCACCAGUUUUCUCAGCCAUAGUUAUGUAGUAUGUAACCUAGACAUGUAUUCAGGUGGCUGACGCGGCUAUUGAGUAAACGCAAUGGAUAACUGCUCAAACACUGCCUUUCCUGCUAGCAUUGCUAAUCUCUGAUACCUUCAGUACCUUUAAGUAGAAUUAAGACUGUAUCUGUACACUGGAGCCCCGUGCGGGGUUCACCUGGUCACAGUCUCCUUUCUACUUCCCUUGGGCAGCAAUAAGAUGAAUACAAGAGUGAGUGCACCAUGUUUCACUCAGUGCUUUGAUGCCGAUCUUCCGUACCGCCUAAAAGGAAGUGCAGAUGGACAGUUUAAGCUGCUGGUUUGCAAAGUCUGCUUAACGAUAUGUAUGCGUUAAGCAUACAUACCUAUUGUAUAAGUAUGUAUGCUUUAAUACACACAGAAUAUGUGUAGUAUGAAAGAAUAUUUUGUUUUUUUCCAUUUUAGUCUUCCGCACGGUGCCAAUUCAAUUUGAAUGCUAUUUCAUUUUUUUCACUUUAAAAAGUAUAAGAAUGAAAAUACAUGUAUUAUGUUUCCCUUACCUUUCUGUUUCAUGUAACCAAUCUCUUAUGAUGGCAGUGUUAUAGGCCAAAUAGCACUUGCAAUAAAUAUGUCCUUAUAUUUUUCAUAACACAUUGAUAGCUUGUUUUGUUUAUUUUCGUCCACCUCCCAGUGCGCUAAAUGCUACAGCAAAUCUAUAGUAGAUAAUAAAGGUCAUGCACAAUAAAA